AUGAACUGGACAGGAGGCCGCCUCCGCCGCCAUUCAGGGCCCAAUGACAAAGCCCGCAAGCAGGUGUUUAGGAGACCUACAGCGGGAAGCAAAGGUCCCCACCAGAUUACGCUGUUGAACGGCCUUGCGAAGGCGCAGGAUAGUGAGAAGAGAGGAGGUAGAGAAGGAGUAGGAGAAUCGAGCAAUGCGGCUAGCCAGAUGACUCGAAACCCACCGUCUCAACCACCACCUCCUCCGGCAACGAAUACCCCUAACACGCGUACACAUGAACCCACAACCCGCAUCGGGCAGAUAAAACGGCAGUUACUCGAGACAACAGACUGGGGCGUCAUCGGCGUGGCGCGGCCGGUUCAAGUCUCGUUUACGCCGCAGGAGGAACUCGAGCGCUUUGGGAAACGGAGGAGACUUACGGUGAAGGAUCAUGAAAGGUUGAAUACGUCUACGGUGGCGAUGGGAAUGGCACGGCCGAGUCCCCGAAGCACGGAGAUUCGUAUGGGAGGGGGUUUGGGUGAGAACUUGGAGAUAAGGAUGGAUGGGCGGCGAAUUGGGCAGGGGAAUGGAAGGGCUUCUUCUCCAAAUAUGUUAUCCUCGCAGUAUGCGAAUCGGUUCGGUCAGCGCGAUCAAGGGCUAAAUGGUCGAAACUUACAUGUUGAGGAAGGCACAUCUCCUGACAUGGUGCCUUCGGGGCAUGGACAAAACGUUACGCAGCUGGAUGAAGGCUUGCCUGAUAGAGCUUCUUCUAUUGACGAAGGCGCUGCUCCCGACGUGAUACCUCCGCAGAACAGCCACCGGUUUGGGCAGCGGGAUACAGUUGUGGAUGAUGGCAUACCGUCCGUUCGUGACAAAGAUUUCGACGUGGUAUACUCGCAGCAUUUUGGGCAGCUGAAUGAACGCCUGCCUAGAAGAGCUUCUUCCGUCGAGGAUGACGCUUCUCCUAACGUGAUAUUUCCGCAGGACGACCAUCAGUUUGGGCAGCGGGACGCAGUGGCAAAUGGCCGGAUUCCAUCCAUUCAUGUUGACUCUCUCAACACGGUAUCUUCGCAGCAUGACCGUCGCUUUGACCAGAAAAAUCCAUUUGCAAUUGGUAGAGUUCCUUCUGUCGAUGAAGGCAACGCUCCCAAUAUUGCAUGUUUCGGUCAGCGGGGUGCAGGGUGUAGUGGAAGGCUGUCUUCCAUCGAUGAGGGGUUUUCUUCCAAUAUGGUUUCUUCACAGUCAAUGCUCCUAGACUAUGAGGGAUCGAUCGGGUCAAACAACCGGGCAAGCGCCCAAGAUUCGUUCGCGAGUAUGAACAGCGCAGGGAGAAGCUUCAGUGUGUCGAGGCUUUCGGACGCGCCUCAGCUAUGCUAUGUACCGGAUGUGCCCGGAAUGCCCGAAGCCUUUGAUACUCGAGGCAUCAUUUCACACCUCGAAGAUACAUCAGGCUCGAUGAAAUGGGCCUCUGAGGAACCAAUAGAGCAGAUACGGUCCCAAGCAAGCAGCUCGAUCAUUCCACUGCCAACAUCACCCGUGAGAAGACGCUUCACAAUCGACGACCAAGCCGAUGCUGAAAGAGAAAGAAGAUUGAUGCAUCGUCCUGCGGUAGCAGAGCCAUCCAGAGCGCAGGGAUAUGGACAGAGAUUAGAAGCUCCUUUCUUGUACUCCCCAUCCAGACCAGCGGAUGCUUUCACUCGACUAAACGAUGCGAUGGAACCUCCCUCAAGAAAGCCAGACUACCCACAGUUCAGCUGGCUCCCGGAUCCUGGCCGUAGCAUGCACCGCACGGAAAGCAAAAGACUCAACGCUCGUUCCCCCAUGGCAUCUAUCCGCGAAGACCCUAGUAGCACACACUUCUCGCGGCUGAGCAGAGACGUGGCUCCCAUGACGAUAUUUGGACAACCUGUCAGCUUCCAAGACCCUGGAGUCCGCGCAGACAAUCAUGCGAUGAGACAGUCGGGGCUGUGCCAAAUGAAGUUUGACCAUGGAGACGCACACAGAUUCUCGUCGGACGGAGCCUUGACUUCACCUCCGGGGUUUUGGUCUAGACGAGUCUAG